CCCAGACGAAGAUCAUUCCCAAAACCACAUCCCCGGUGAUGUCUCCAACCGACCAAAGGCCUCCAGCUGCGUCCUCACGAGCCGCUGCAAAGCCACAUCGGGCGCUUGCGUGCGUCCUAUGUCAGCAGCGUAAAGUCAAGUGUGACCGCAAGUUCCCCUGUGCCAGCUGUGUCCGGGCCGGCGCCCAGUGCGUGCCCACCCUGGCCCCGCGGCCCCGGCGUCGCAGGUUUCCCGAACGUGAGCUUCUGGAGCGUCUGAGGCGCUAUGAGGAUUUGCUCCGCCACAAUGGUAUAGAUUUUGAGCCUCUGCAUACGUCUGUGACGGAGAAGGGGUCUCAAGAAGAGGUUAGCGGGGGCCGUGGGUCUGUAGAUGAUGAGGAUUUGCAAGGCCCCGGCUCGGGGACAGCUCGUGGGUCGGUCAAGACCGAGCCGGUGUACACGGCUAAGAAUUUUUGGCAGCUCAUGAAUCAAUUGACACUAGAUACUGAGGACGGCGAAAGUGAUGAUGGUAGCGACGAUGAUUACGACGGCAAUCACUCACAUGAUACUGUGCACGAAGCUGUGGUAAAGAAGACAUGGGAUCAGGUAUAUGAUGACAACGACCAGAAUCUACUCUUUGGGUCAUGCAAGACCAAUGUCGACCUCUCUACCCUGCACCCCGACCAAGUCCAGAUCUUUAAGCUCUGGCUGAUAUACCUGGAGAAUGUUGAUCCAUUGUUGAAAGUCACGCACACUCCGACUCUGCAGAUGCGAAUAAUCGAUGCCGUCGGUAACAUUGGCCAUAUUAGCCCAACACUGGAAGCGCUUAUGUUCGGUAUUUAUAGCGUCGCUAUCAUGAGUCUCCCCGAAGACGAGUGUCCUACCUUACUCGGGGCACCAAAGAGAGAAUUGCUGAAAGGCUAUCAAUUCGGAUGCCAACAGGCUUUGCUGAAAUGUGACGUUUUGCGCUCUGGUGAUCGCGAUUGCUUGACAGCGUUGUUGCUCUACUUGAUAUCUGCCAGACCUGAAACAGACCCCCGGUCUCUAUCCUCAAUGCUCGGCGUUGCUAUCAGAAACGCGCAACGCAUGCAUAUUGAUACCGAAUCGGCCAAUGCCAAAUGUACUGCUCUCGAAGGUGAGAUACGCCGAAGACUAUGGUGGUCGCUGGUCACGUUCGACAAUCGCAUAGGCGAGAUGUCAGACCACAAGACCUCAAUGUUGAUCCCGACCUGGGACUGCAAAACUCCUCUCAACGUGAAUGACUUUGAUCUGCAGCCAGAGAUGAAGAACCCAGCAGCUGCCCACGAGGGGCCCACCGAGGCGCUUUUCGCAGUUGUACGCAGUGAACUGGGAGAGUUCAUACGUCAUAGCGCCUGUCAUCUGGACUUCACCAACCCGUCUUUGAAGGCAAUUGCGAAGAAUCUGAACGGUGAUGGGGUCAGCGCCUUAGAAAGCAGUAUCGAGGACAAACAUCUGCGAUUCUGUAACCCCGAAAUUCCCCUUCACUACAUGACCAUCUGGACAGCGCGGGGCUUCCUGGCAAAGUACCUCCUAGUGGAACACUACUCAACGUGCUCACCCGCACAACAAACAGACGCCCAACGCGACGCCGCCAGUACCUACGCAUUACGCAUGAUCGAGUGCGAUACAAAACUGAUGACCUCCCCUCUUACAAAGCGAUACAGCUGGCAUGUACACUUUCACUUCCCAUUCCCAGCAUACCUUCAUAUCAUCCAGGCCCUGAAGAAGCGACCAACUGAGCACCACGCUGACAAAAUGUGGAAUGUCAUGAGCGAGAACUACGAAGCCCGAUUCAACGGGAUGGAAGCUCCCAAUCCAAUAUUCAUGCUAUUUGCGCGAAGUAUCCUCCAAGUCUGGGAGGUGUACGAAGCAGCAUAUAAGCAACUCGGCCAGAUGGCGUCACCGCCAUUAAUCGUGCUGAGAAUCAAAACCAGAUUGUCAGAAGCGACGUCCAACACAGCACAGUGUACUGUAGAGCACGCGGCUGAUAUCCCGGACAGCCUUCAACUGCCUAUGUCAACAGACUAUGGGAUCCAUGACCCGCCAUACGGCAUCGAAGGGUUAGAUGUCUACCCGGAUGUCUUUGAACAGGCGGCAAUGGACGUCGACGCGUAUUUGUCCGAUUGGCCAUCGAUGAACUUCUAUCCGAUGUGGUGAGGUUCAAGGAAAUGGGCACGGCAAGCCUAAAUUUAUACCCAGCUGCAUAUACCAAGUGGUCUUCCGUAUUGGUUCUAUUAUGACUAUGAACAUUUUUCAUGGCUAUAUACUAGGAUACUAAUAAAUCUCUCCUG